AUGGCGUCCUACACUAAGAAAGAUGUCAGGACAAGUAUCCGACAUCUGGCUCCCGCUUGGUUCGCCGCAAAUAUGGGCACUGGAUCGAUCUCCAUUCUAUUCGCGAAUUAUCCGUAUGGCAACACGACCCUACCAAUGCAAGCAUUCGCUACCGCAUUCUUCUUCCUCAACCUAUUCCUGUUCAUCGCCCUCACGACUGCGUCCGCCUACCGCUAUUUGCGAUACCCGGAUAUCUGGAGACUUAUGAUACACCACCCAGUACAAAGCUUGUUUUUGGGCUGUUUUCCUAUGGGUGCCGCGACACUCAUCAGCGUGGCCGCUGGGGUCUUUUACACCGACUUCGGCUUCGGAGGGACACCGUUCCUCUACUUCCUGUGGGCUUGCUGGUGGCUUGACUCAGCAAUUUCGGCUGCUUGCGUUUUCUGGCUUGUGCACAUCAUGUUCACGCGACACCAGCACGACAUCCAGAAAAUGACAUCGCUUUGGCUUCUCCCGGUCGUAACGUUCAUCGUCGCAUCCGCAACGGGAGGUGCUCUUCUCAAACCCCUGCAUGCGGUCAAUGCAUACCACGCACACAUCACGCUCGCCGUCAGUCUGGUCAUGGUGGCCAUCGGCAUAUCCCUGGCGUUUAUGAUCCUCACACUCUACCUCCUUCGUCUGAUUGUGCACGGUCUUCCGGAGGGCGCAUCAAUUCUGUCCGUCUUCAUCCCUCUCGGACCCACCGGCCAGUCGGGGUACUCCAUCCUUCUCAUUGCGCAGGCUGCGCCGACGUUCUUUCCCUUCGCCGGCAGCGAGUCAAGCUUCCUCGGUAGCGCCGACAUGGGGUUAAUUGUGCAGGCUAUAUGCAUCUGCACCUCGCUCGUGUUGUGGUCGCUGGCGACGAUGUGGCUCGUCUUCGCCCUCGUCGGUCUCAGCUCGACCUUGCGCCGGACACAGAAAGGGUUCCCCUUCAAGGUGCCAUUCUGGGGCAUGAUUUUCCCGAACGGUGUAUACGCGAACUUGACCAUCCAGUUGUAUCGCGUGCUCGACGUCAACUUCUUCCGGGUUUGGGGUGCCAUGUAUGCGGCCGCAACGUUAUGCCUUUGGGUCGUCGUCUUUGGCAAGACGAUCUUCAUGGUUCGCUAUGGUUAUGUUUUCGAGGCGCCUUGCCUGGAGGGCAUCGACCUCGGCACAAACGCUGCGCUCGCGGAGUCCUCGCGCCGAGUCGCCCAACAAAUGAGUAAGGAGACGGAGGACGCUGCCGCACAGAAGAAAUGA